GCUUGUCCUGGAUUUUGUUAUGAAGUAUUGGAACCAAAGCAACUUCACAACUCAUCAAGUCAAUUCCUCUACCCUACUAUUUACUACAGAUGACAUUUAUUCAACAAGGGGAUGCUUGUUGAAUAUCUCUCAGCAUCACUCCAUCAUGCCCAAGCACUUCUGCCACUGUGUGUUGCCCUAAUGCUACUUGGCCAUAUGCAAGGAGCCACAGUGAGAAAUGAGAAGUGGAAGCCUCUCAACAACCCCAGAAACCGAGAUCUGUUUUUCAGAACCCUUCAGGCAUAUUUUAAGGGAAGAGGUGUUGAUCUUGGGAGGUUUCUAAAUACCUCCUCCAUGAACGAGCAUCCCAGACCUCUCUCUUUCCAAUCAGAACUUAUUGCUUCUGCAUUUGCAGAUUAUGAAGAGCAGAAAAACUCCUUCCCCAAUUAUUUCAAAGGCUGAAAUUUCCUUUUGAAUUCAGGUGUCUGGCUAUUUUAAACUAUGGAUGGAGCUUCUCAGUAGAGAAAGUCACCCACAGCUAUAGCCAAACUUUUCUUUUUCUUCAUUUUUAUUAAUCAAUUUGUAAUGAUUUUACUGUAUGUUUCCAGAUUUACAUAUAAAUAACUGAACCUUUGGGACAUAUCUGACUUCUGUGCAUAUUUUUGGAGUGUUUUCCCCCCUCUAGCACCAUAAAAAUUAUGUAGAGCAUCAUUUGUAUUUGCAAGAGUUAAAAAAAAUCAAGUUAAAAGAUAGGAUAAUCUUCUGAAUUCUAUGUCUCUUUAAAGCUUGACUUUCAUUAAACUUGUCUUUUACAUUUAUUACUUUUUAUCAUUCGAUAUUUUUAUUAGGAAGGGAAUUUGCUGUAUUUUUGUGAAAUAGGGGUUUGAACUAUAAACACUUUUAAACUUUUUUCUAAAAAGAAGUUAUGUUCCCACUGUCAGCAUAUGGUAUUGAAAGACUUCACAGCUUCAGUUACGUAAUAAAUGAGGAUAAGUGAUAAAUAUCCACAAUUAAGUUGAAAUGAAAAGCAAAGAAAUACGGGAUCCUCCGAGUUGCAGUAUCUCUGGGAGAUGCUUUCUGCCACGACAUUCAGAGGUGGACAUUGUCCUACACCAAAUAUCCUAGCUACAACCAAGCUCUCACUCUCUUGCAUACAACUGCCUCAAGAAGAGAGGAGAAAAGGGGAGAGUUCCCUCCUCCCUCUGGCUUAGGCUGAAUUAGUCUGAUUCCCCUGUUCUCAUUCUGGAUCUUUACAAAUAGCGGCAUUUUUUUUUUCUGUGCUUCCUGCAAAAUAAACAUUUUACUGGAGUGUGAAUAUCAGUGUCCAAAUGAUACUAGUAUGUACUUUCCAAAAAAUUUUUC